AUGACGAUAUCCACCAAGCCCGCCGGCGACGGGCUGCGCCGCCGUCGCAAUUCCCCGCCGCCCCCAAAAUCCGAACCCGCCACGCCCACGCACGACGAUCCCUCCGCGAAGCUCAAGCCCUCGCACCCCUACUCCUCCUUCCUAACGGUGCACGUGACGUGGGUGGAUUGGCUCAUCUGCGCCUUUCUGCUCCUUGGCGCCCUGGCCGUGCGCUUCUACCGUCUGGCCAAGCUCGACGUCGUCAUUUUUGACGAGGUCCACUACCUCAACUUCGGCACCUUUUUGCUCUCCAACAAGUACUUCUUCGAUGUCAACCCUGUGUUCGGAAAGAUGGCCAUCGCCUACGUCGGCAAGCUCAUGGGCCUCGCCCCCCUCCCGCGCUUCACCGCGCUCGGGGAGCACGUGCCGGCCGCCCAGGCGUUUGCGGCGCGCGCCCCGGCCGCCCUGUUCGGCGCCUUUACCGUCCCCAUUUUCUACCGCGUCUGUCGCCUGCUGAGGCUCAGCAUGUAUGCAAGCGUGCUUGGCGCGCUCUUCAUCUUGUUUGACAUGAUGCAUGUCAUCCAAUCGAGGAUCGCCAUGGUGGACUCCGUGCUCGUGUUUUUCACCUGCGUUGCGUUUUAUAGCGCGCUGCUGCUGUGGGACGCGAAGAACGUGGUGGUGAUCAAGGGGAGGAGCGUAUCCAUGUUGGACACGGCGUAUGUGUUGUUGUAUCUUGUGUUGACGGGGAUUUGCUGCGGGCUUUGCGUGUCGGUUCGCUGGACGGCGUUUGCGACACCCGCGCUGAUAUUUACGGUGAGUCUUUACGGGGUGAACCCGUUUUGUAAGGAGCCGCUCAACGUGCUGGAGCUCGCCGUGCUGUACGGGACGGCGGUGGCGUCAUACAUGGGGUCGUUUGCAUUGUUCUUGUUGAAUGUGAAUGAGUCUGGGCCGGGGGACGGGUUUAUGUCGGCCGAGUUUCAAAAGUGCUUGGUGGGGAGCAAACAUUGGGAAGGGGGAGAGGGAUGCGGGAUGUCGAUGUGGGCGCGCAUCAUAGAAGUGAACCGUGUGAUCUUCCAGUACUCCAAGGGGAUCCGCGGAAAGGACAAGUGGGGCUCGUCUUGGUUCCAGUGGAUCGUGAACUGGCGCGGGGCGUUGUACCACCGCGAGGUAGUCGGGGAAGGGGCGGAAGAAAAAGUGAGCCUGAUCUACAUGUUGAUGAACCCGGUGAUGACGCUGUGCAUCGACGUGCUGAUGCUGGUGUUCAUCGGGGCGCUGUUCUACACUGUGCGGUACCGCAAGGAGCUGCGGACGACAGAAGCGCUGAAGGAGCACUUGCGGCGCGGGGGGGCGCUGUUUUUCGCAUGGGUGGGCAGCAUGCUCCCCACGAUGGUAGUGUACCGGUCCGGCCCCGUGUACCAAUAUCUGCCCGGGCUUUUCUUCGCGCAGGCGCUCGGGGCGCUAGGGUUUGACCUGAUUCCGCGGCGCAUGCGCGGCAUGGCGUUUGCAAUCAUCGCGGCGGGUAUCGUCGGGGCGUACGUGUACUGGGGCGUGUGGGUGUACGGGUUGCCUUUGCCGCAUACGGAACACGUGAAACGGAGAUGGUUGCCACGGUGGGACUAAUAGAGGGGGGCAGGGUUUAUGGAUGGAAGUGAUUAGUUAGGCGGGAUGGACGGGUGCGUAAAGAGGAAAAAUAUAUGUUUCUGGAGGGAUUUUUUUUACGAAA